CGACGGUGAGCAGCUCCUCGCGCAGCAAUUUGUUGGCCUCCAAGAAGUCAACGGUAGCGCCCGUCGCUGAGAAGCGCAUCGAUCAGGAGCCCGCCUCGACCACACGCGUGACCAGAACGCGUCUGCGCUCCAAGUCCAAGCUGCGCGGUGGAGCAGCUGCAGCAGCAGCAGCGGCUGCCGGCGGCACCGCGCUCGUGGCCAGCGGCUCAUCGCUGAAGGGCAAGAAGACAAAGGUGGACGAUGGAACGCCAAAGAUCGUCUGCUACUAUACGAACUGGUCGCAAUAUCGUGUGAAAAUUGGCAAGUUUGUGCCAGAGGAUAUACCCGCCGAUCUGUGCACGCACAUUAUCUUUGCCUUCGGCUGGCUGAAGAAGGGCAAGCUGAGCUCCUAUGAAUCGAACGAUGAGACCAAGGAUAAUGUGCCUGGUCUGUACGAGCGCAUGAUGAGCCUGCGCAAGGCCAAUCCCAAACUGAAGAUUUUGCUCGCAAUUGGUGGCUGGUCCUUUGGCACACAGAAGUUCAAGGACAUGUCGGCCACACGGUACACGCGCCAAACGUUUGUCUAUUCGGCUAUUCCCUUUCUGCGUAAGCGUGGCUUCGAUGGCCUGGACAUGGAUUGGGAAUACCCCAAGGGCACCGAUGACAAGAAGAACUUUGUGCUGUUGCUGAAGGAGCUGCGCGAGGCAUUCGAUGCUGAGGCCCAGGAGCUGAAGCAGCCGCGUCUCCUGCUCUCCGCGGCUGUGCCCGUCGGUCCGGACAAUGUGCGCGGCGGCUACGAUGUGCCCGCCAUUGCCAGCUAUCUGGACUUUAUCAAUCUGAUGGCCUACGAUUUCCACGGCAAAUGGGAACGCGAAACGGGACACAAUGCACCACUCUAUGCCCCUUCGUCGGACUCGGAGUGGCGCAAGCAGCUGUCGGUGGAUAAUGCCGCCAAUCUGUGGGUCAAAAUGGGCGCACCCAAGGAAAAGCUGAUCAUUGGCAUGCCCACAUAUGGACGCUCCUUUACGCUGGCCAGCACGGAUAAGCAUGGACCGAAUGCGCCCGCCACGGGCGGUGGUCGCGAGGGCGUCUACACCAAGGAGAGCGGUUUCCUGGCCUACUACGAGAUCUGCGAGAUGCUGCUCAACGGCGCCGUCUAUGUCUGGGACGAGGAGAUGAAGGUGCCCUACUUGGUCGACGGUGAUCAGUGGGUCGGCUUCGAUGAUGAGCGCGCCAUUAGAAAUAAAAUGCAAUGGAUCAAAACGAAUGGCUUUGGCGGCGCCAUGGUCUGGACCAUAGACAUGGACGACUUCAAGGGCGAGGUGUGCGGCGGCAAUGUCAAGUAUCCAUUGAUUGGCGCCAUGCGCGAGGAGCUGCUGGGCAUAUCGCGCGGCAAGGAGGCCAAGGACGUCAACUGGACAGCCAUUGCAGCCACAUUCGAGGACAUCGAAGAAGAGAAACCGGAACCCAUCAAGAUUUCGGUGGAUGAGGUUCUCAAGAAGGUGCGCAAGCCGCAGACGCAGAAGAAACAACGCAUCAAGUCGGGUGCGAAUGCCAUCAACCAGAACACACGUCCCGCUCAGGUCUUCUGUUACUUGACCAGCUGGUCUGCCAAGCGUCCCGGCGCUGGCAAAUUCGAGCCGGACAACAUUGAUCCCAAGCUCUGCACACACAUUGUCUAUGCCUUUGCCACGCUGCAGGACUACAAGCUGACGGAGGCCACCGAUGAUGAUCCCGAGAACUAUGAGAGCGUUAUUGCCCUGCGCGAUACAAAUCCGGAUCUGCAAAUUCUGCUGGCCAUUGGCGGCUGGGCCUUUGGCUCGACGCCCUUCAAGGAGCUCACCUCGAACGUCUUCCGCAUGAACCAGUUCGUCUACGAAGCUAUUGACUUUUUGAGGGAUUACAAAUUCAACGGCCUUGAUGUCGACUGGGAGUAUCCGCGCGGCGCCGAGGAUCGUGUCGCCUACGUAAAUCUAUUGCGCGAGCUGCGUGUUGCCUUCGAGGGUGAGGCCAAAUCUUCGGGCCUGCCACGCCUACUGCUAACUGCUGCCGUGCCCGCCUCCUUUGAGGCCAUCGCCGCCGGCUACGAUGUGCCGGAGAUCUCCAAAUAUCUGGACUUUAUCAAUGUGAUGACCUACGAUUUCCAUGGCCAGUGGGAGCGCACAGUGGGCCACAAUUCGCCGCUGUUUGCUUUGGAGUCGGCCACCGGCUACCAAAAGAAACUGACUGUCGAUUACAGCGCACGCGAGUGGGUGAAACAGGGUGCGCCCAAGGAGAAGCUGCUCAUCGGUAUGCCCACAUAUGGACGCAGCUUUGAGCUGGUCAACGAGACACAAUUCGAUAUCGGUUCACCCUCGUCGGGCGGCGGCAAGGCCGGCAAGUUCACCAGCGAGGCGGGCUUCCUUAGCUACUAUGAGGUCUGCUCCUUCCUGGCAGCUGACAAUACAACUCUGGUGUGGGACUCCGAGCAGCAGGUGCCCUUCGCCUACCGAGGCAACCAAUGGGUGGGCUUCGAUGACGAACGUUCACUGAAAACCAAGACGGAGUGGCUGAAGGAGCAGGGCUUUGGCGGCAUCAUGGUCUGGUCGAUUGAUAUGGAUGACUUCUCCGGACGCUGCGGCAACGGCAAAUAUCCUUUGCUGAAUGCCUUAACCGAUGAGCUGAAGGACUACAAGGUUGAGCUGGAAUACGAUGGACCCUACGAGUCGCAUGGUCCACGCGGCGCAUACACAACAAAGGAUCCGCAUGAUGUGACCUGCGCGGAGGAGGACGGGCAUAUUAGCUACCACAAGGAUUGGGCCGACUGCACGCAUUACUAUAUGUGCGAGGGAGAGCGCAAGCAUCACAUGCCGUGUCCGGCCAAUCUGGUCUUCAAUCCACAGGAGAAUGUCUGCGAUUGGCCCGAGAACGUGGAGGGCUGCCACGCGCCAACAGAGGCGCCCGCCUAAGCGACCCGAUCUGACUCGAAAAGGGUUUAAAAGGAGCUUUGUCCGGGCCUUGUUGGCCUUUUCAAGUUGUUAAUACAUACAUACAUUAUUAAAUGUUGCGCCCCCCCCCUCCCCCUCUUUACCCUUUUAGUUUAAGUUGAAAUGCGAAACUGCCACGAAAAACACUUCUGCUGCCCGCAAAGCCGCCCGCCCCCGCCAAGCCCCACAAACUAACGCGAAAAAUACUCAAAAGUUUGCUCAAAAUCAGCUGAAUUUUUUGUACUAAAUAUAAGUUCUAAUUAAAGCUUAA